CUGUCAUCCAGCAGCGAAUUAAUCGUUCACCUCGAAUCUGCUUACUUGAACUUAGUAAAGUACUAUGUAUGCGUUUCUAAACCCGAAAGAUACAAACAUUCUUUGAACCUAGUUCCGUCAUUUAUUACUAUGCAGCUCCUCGAGCUUUGCAUUGGGGCAGUAUCUGAAAUACAAAACGAAUGUGAUGCGGUAAUAUCAGGAACAUAUCAGCCCGAGGAUGCGUGUUUAGCAGGUUGUGGCCAUGCUCUAGUUGAUCUACUGUCUCGACAGGCUCAUCAAAUCAGUACUUACUAUCAAGAGUUGCAAACUGCAAACACGAACCCGACGGAGAUCCCCAUAGAAAAGCAAAGGCUCAUACUGAAGAGAUUAGACGAUCUAAUCUCAAUUUCCUACUCUAAAUUCUACGCCUAUCUUUUCAGAGACCUCCCGGUUUGUUGGCGACAACUUUAUACCGACGCAAGCAUACUGAAAUUCUGUAUCAAUGUAUUCGGGUCUCCCUACAUCUAUGACCGAAACACAGAGAAUAGUCAGGAUUUACAGGGGAAAUUUUGUGAGACAACCUGCGAAUUGAGCGAGCUUCUGAAAACCCUUGACCUCGCCUUAAUUCUUGCUGGGGCUGCCGGUGAGAAACGAGGUAGGAGAUGGGUCAACAAAGCCCUCGAGUUGCUUCAUAUAGUCUGGAGAGAAACUACCAGCGCCACAGACGUGUCGGCUCUGAGACGGUCCACAAAAAGAAAGAAGCCAGGUUCCUCGAGUGACGAGCCCGAAAUUGGUGGCGUUUUUUCCACAUCUGAACCAUUCACGCCUCCUAUCAAACACCCUAUCAACUGUGUUAAUGCUCUCUCUAUGGAAAAGUUUCAAGUAUAUAUGGAUAAUCCAUUGAAUUCAAAAUUAGGGCCGGAACCACUCAUAAUACGUGGCGCUAUCGACCACUGGCCAGCCCUAACUACGAACCCGUGGAAUCAACCAUCAUAUCUUCUCUCCCAGACUUUUGACGGUCGGAGGCUCGUUCCUGUCGAGAUUGGACGUAGCUAUGUGGAUGAAGGAUGGGGUCAGAAAAUCAUUACGUUUGGUGAGUUCUUGCGUGAGUAUAUCGAUUCAUCCCUAGCCGAGACCCAAAGCAAUUCGGAUGAUGACACCGCUCUCGCUACAUCGCAAAAGAGGCCAAUAGCAUAUCUAGCCCAACACCCACUUUUUACUCAACUUCCUACUCUACGAAAUGACAUACUUAUACCCGACUAUUGCUACACGGCGCCUCCCUCGCAUCCGACAGAACCUAGUAUUGACCAGCCGGAAUUGGAUGAACCCCUUCUCAAUGCUUGGUUCGGACCACCGGGUACUAUUACACCACUACAUAAUGACCCGUAUCAUAACAUAUUAACACAGGUCGUUGGUCGUAAAUACCUGCGUCUUUACUCGCCUCUGGAGACGGAACGUAUGCAGGCACGAGGAAGGGAAAACGGCGUGGAAAUGGGUAAUACUAGUUUGAUGGAUGUCGGAGUUGUCGAAGGUUGGGAUACGGUCCUUGAAGAUGACGAAGAUGGGCAUACCGAUGAGGAUCUUGCCGCAUUCAAAGAGAUUCCGUUCUUGGAUUGUAUCCUAGAACCUGGCGAUGCUCUCUAUAUCCCUAUCGGGUGGUGGCAUUAUGUCCGUGGGCUGAGUGUUAGUUUUAGUGUGAGCUUCUGGUGGAACUGACAAUUUACUAUCCUCUCUUAGGAUAUCAAACAACGUG